AUGGAGGUCACAAAGACUCUUUUGGAAGAAGGCUCUGGUGACGAUUAUGUUCACAACGGAGACACCGUCCUCAUGGGAUACACUGGUUGGCUGAAGGACACUUCUCAGCCGGAAAACAAGGGGAACAAAUUUGAUUCCUCCUAUGACCGAAAAGACAAACCAGGAUUUUCAACCGAGAUUGGUGUUGGUCGAGUUAUCAAGGGUUGGGAUGUUGGCGUGGCUGGUAUGAAGCUUGGCGAGAAGGCAAGACUUGAUAUUCCAAGCAAGCUUGCUUAUGGCUCUAGGGGCUUUGGACAAAUCAUUCCUGCCAACUCGGACCUUAUUUUGUGGGGUCUCGCUCGACCUAGGUGCUGGAUUACCAUAUCCAAGAUUUCGUCACAGGCCAGCUCCGGAGCGCUGGCGAAGCGAAGGCUCUCCGAAGGGGAGUCGCAACAAGAGAAUAAGAGGACCAUGGCUGCCUCCAAGCUCCCUGAGGUCGAUCUUGCGACCAGAAUGCAAGUCGACGAUUCCGUUAUCGGGACCACAGACAUCGAUGAGUCUCUCUACAGCCGACAGCUCUAUGUCCUGGGACACGAAGCCAUGCGCCGCAUGGGCGCCUCCAACAUCCUCGUUGUUGGUCUCAAGGGCCUCGGUGUAGAGAUUGCGAAGAAUAUUGCCUUGGCUGGUGUCAAGAGCUUGACUGUCUACGACCCUGCUCCGGUCAAGAUUGCGGAUCUCUCUGCCCAGUUCUUUUUGACCCCAGAGGAUGUUGGCAAGCCCAGGGACGAAGUCACAGCUCCGCGCAUCGCAGAACUCAACGCUUAUACCCCUGUCAAGGUCCACCAAUCUCCUGGAAUUGAGGACAACUUUUCACAGUUCGACAAGUACCAAGUCGUGGUGCUGACCAAUUCACCCAUCUCGAUACAAAAGGCUGUGGGCGAUUACUGCCACUCCAAGGGAAUCUUCGUCGUUAUUGUCGACACAUUCGGCCUGUUUGGCUCCAUCUUUUGCGAUUUUGGCGAUAAGUUUACCAUUAUCGAUCCGACCGGCGAGGCCCCCUUGAGCGGUAUUGUUGCUGGUAUUGACGAAGAGGGUUUGGUGUCGGCACUCGACGAAACCCGACAUGGCCUAGAAGAUGGUGACUUUGUUACAUUUUCCGAAGUUGAAGGCAUGGAGAAGAUAAACGGCUGCGAGCCCCGCAAGGUUACAGUCAAAGGCCCGUACACUUUCUCUAUUGGAGAUGUAUCAGGCCUCGGACAGUACCUGCGUGGAGGCAUCUACCAGCAGGUCAAGAUGCCCAAGGUGGUCGAUUUCAAAAGCUUCACAGCCGCCCUCAAGGAGCCCGAGUUCCUCAUUUCCGACUACGCCAAGUUCGAUCGCCCCCAGCAACUCCAUCUUGGAUUCCAGGCGCUCCACGCAUUCCAGGUCGCCAAUGGACGACUGCCCAACCCUAUGGAUGAGAAGGAUGCCAUUGUAGUCUUGGAGGCUGCCAAGACCUUUGCCGCUGACGAGAAGCUAGAGAUCGACAUUGACGAGAAGCUUUUGAAAGAGUUGAGUUUCCAGGCUCUUGGUGAUCUCAGCCCCAUGGCAGCAUUCUUUGGUGGUAUUGCCGCUCAGGAGGUCCUCAAAGCCGUUUCUGGCAAGUUCAACCCCAUCCAGCAGUGGAUGUACUUUGACUCACUAGAGUCCCUUCCCACCUCUACCAAGCGAAGCCCAGAGCUUUGCAAGCCAAUCGGCAGCCGUUAUGAUGGUCAGAUUGCCGUCUUCGGAACUGAAUACCAGGAGAAGAUUUCCAACCUCAAGCAGUUCCUCGUCGGCGCUGGCGCCAUCGGUUGCGAGAUGCUCAAAAACUGGGCAAUGAUCGGCUUGGGAACGGGUCCCAACGGCAAGAUUUACGUGACCGACAUGGACUCUAUCGAGAAGAGCAACCUCAACCGACAGUUCCUUUUCCGAGCCGCCGAUGUUGGCAGCAUGAAGAGCGACUGCGCUGCCAAGGCUGUGCAGCGUAUGAACCCGGAGUUAGCAGGCCACAUUGAGACGCUGCGAGAGCGCGUUAGUCCCGAGACUGAGCACGUCUUCAACGAGGAGUUCUGGCGAAGCCUGGACGGUGUCACCAACGCUCUGGACAAUGUAGAAGCGAGAACCUACGUCGACCGACGAUGUGUCUUCUUCCGAAAGCCGUUGCUCGAGAGCGGAACUUUGGGUACCAAGGGCAACACACAAGUUGUCCUCCCCCACCUAACAGAGUCUUACUCCUCUUCUCAGGAUCCUCCCGAGAAAGAAUUCCCCAUGUGCACCAUUCGAAGCUUCCCCAACAGGAUUGAGCACACGAUUGCUUGGGCAAAGGAGUACAUGUUUGAGAAGUUCUUUGUCAAGUCCCCCCAGACGGUGAACCUCUACCUGACGCAGCCCAAUUUCAUCGAGGCUACGCUCAAGCAGGGUGGCAACCACAAGGAAACUCUUGAGACGAUCCGCAACUAUCUAACUACAGAGCGACCUCGGACUUUUGAAGACUGCAUUGCGUGGGCCCGCCUUCUCUUUGAGACUGAGUUUGCAAACAAGGUCCAACAGCUUCUGUACAACUUCCCCAAGGACUCAGUCACUUCCGGUGGCACUCCUUUCUGGUCUGGCCCAAAGAGAGCCCCUGAUGCACUCAAAUUCGACCCCAACAAUGCGACUCACUUUGGGUUCAUUGUUGCCGCGGCCAACCUCCACGCAUUCAACUUCAACAUCAAGUCUCCUGGCACUGAUAGGUCCAUCUAUCUGAAGGAACUCGAAAAUGUCAUUGUGCCUGAUUUUGCCCCUGACGCAAACGUCAAGAUCCAAGCUGAUGACAAGGAGCCCGAUCCAAAUGCUAGCACCUUUGAUGAUACGGAUGAGCUUAGUGCCCUCAGCGCAAGUCUUCCAUCGGCAAGCACUCUGGCUGGCUUCCAGCUGCAGCCUGUGGAGUUUGAGAAGGACGAUGACACCAACCACCACAUCGACUUCAUCACUGCUUGCAGCAAUCUAAGAGCAGAGAACUACAAGAUUGAACCUGCCGAUCGCCACAAGACCAAGUUCAUUGCGGGCAAGAUUAUCCCAGCCAUUGCCACCACCACUGCCCUUGUCACAGGCCUCGUUGUCCUUGAGCUAUACAAGAUCAUCGAUGGCAAGGAUGAUAUUGAGCAAUUCAAGAACGGCUUCAUUAACCUGGCCCUGCCAUUCUUUGGAUUUAGUGAACCCAUUGCCAGUCCCAAGGUGGAGUACAAGGGACCUGACGGCAAGGUCAAGCUGGACAAGAUCUGGGAUCGAUUUGAAGUUGACAACAUCACGUUGAAGGAGCUUCUCGAUCACUUUGAAGCAAAGGGCCUCAGCAUCAGCAUGCUCAGCUCUGGCGUCAGCUUGCUGUAUGCAAGCUUCUUCCCUCCGUCAAAGUUGAAGGAUCGCUAUGCCCUGAAGCUCAGCGAGCUGGUGGAGACCAUUUCAAAGAAGCCCGUUCCUUCGCACCAGAAGGAGUUGAUCUUUGAGAUGGUGGCUGAGGAUCUAGACGAAGAGGACGUGGAGGUUCCGUACAUCAAGGCUACCAAGAUUACUGACUGGGCCGACAAGUCUGGCGAGUUCAAGCGACAAGUCAGCUCGUUCCGCAACUGGAUCUCUCGUGAGUCCGGUGCUGAGUUUCCCCCUGAGAAGGGGAGGUAUCACCUCUACGUCAGCUAUGCCUGUCCAUGGGCUCACCGCACCUUGAUUGCACGGAAGCUCAAGGGACUGGAGGACAUCAUCUCCUUCUCAGUGGUACACUGGCAUCUGGGGCAGGAAGGAUGGCGAUUCGCCACUAAGGAGGACAAGCCUGAGGACAUUCCAGGCGAGAAUGUUAUCCCCGACCCGCUGCACGACUUUACACACCUGCGCCAGGUAUACUUUGCGUCGAACAAGGACUACACUGGGCGAUUUACUGUUCCGGUGCUUUAUGACAAGAAGACGAACCAGAUUGUCAGCAAUGAGAGCAGCGAGAUCCUCCGUAUGCUGGGAACAGAGUUUGACGACCUGAUUGAGGAAAAGUACCGCUCUAUUUCCCUGUACCCAGACAGCUUGAAGAGCCAGAUCGACGAGGCCAACUCGUGGACUUACGACAACAUCAACAACGGCGUCUACAAGGCCGGCUUUGCCACCACCAGCGAAGCCUACGAAAAGGGCGUCACUGGCGUCUUCGAGGCCCUUGACCGCGCAGAGAAGCACCUCGCCUCGCAGACCGAUGGCCCCUACUUCUUCGGCAAGAACAUCACCGAGACUGACGUGCGGCUGUACGUGACGCUGGCGCGCUUCGACCCGGUGUACGUGCAGCACUUCAAGUGCAACAUUCGCGACAUCCGCAGCGGCUACCCGCGUCUGCACAAGUGGAUGCGCAACCUCUACUGGAACCAUGCCGCGUUUAAGGAGACGACGCAGUUUGACCACAUCAAGUGGCAUUACACGCGGAGCCACACCCAGAUCAACCCCCAUAGCAUUACGCCUUUGGGACCCCUGCCGCAUAUUUUGCCGCUGGAGGAGGAGGUGGCUGCGGUUGCUGCGGCGAGAGUGUAA